UGUGGGCCCCAUGGCCCGUCCCCACAUGGAUACAUUACAACAGUGUGUGCUCAAUGUAUGUUAGCUAUCCUGUAACCAUACAUGUAGGUUUCUAUCUUUACCGGCUCAAGCACUCCCACGCACACAUGUAAUGUAUCCAUGCGUUCAGAUGAGGCUAACGUUGACGAGGACGGUGGUGCGGUAAAGCGGUAGUGAUGUCGCGACCAAUAGUCGACAAGUAGUGACAUGCACAAGCACUGCGAGCGACUGGAGAAGCGGUUAAAGCAGCAGGAGCAGGAGCGGCUACAGGCGGAGAUGGUGGAGGCGAAGAAAAGAGAGGGAACGAGUACACCACCUUGUGGAUCUCCGGAGAUGAGGGGGAGAAGGACGAGGCAACACCUACUGGACCCAAUCCGGAGGUGGAACUCCUUCCACAACUCCAGAGACAGGAAACAACAGAGAACAACGUUACCGUACCUGCAAACUCUAGAACUGUACAGGAAGCAGACAGAAACAAGGAGUUCUGACGUGUUCGCUAACAUCUGCGCUGAAAUCGCUAAAGACCCUGAUAGCAACUACAUGCCGAUCACACCUCAAGGAAGCGAGUCUUUAGACAAAGCUUCUAGAGUCCUAGGGACCAAUAUAGCCAACGAAUUGAUCGCUCUAUCCCUAGCGAAUUUGAAAGAGGCCGCUAAAAGUCCUACGAGAAAACAGUUUUCUAGUCCUAAUUUAAUUGAUCCGAUGAAGAACAGCCCGAGGAAUAGGAGAACGUCUUCGGAUAGUUACCCUAUUGGAUUCUCUGGGGACAAGUACUCGACGCCGAAGAUCACGAAGACGUUUUCUACUAGUAACCCAGAUGAUUUACCCAACAGUCAGGUGAUGGUUCCCAGAGUGUCAGUUAGUGAGAGUCCCUGCUCACCAACGCCUCUGACCAGCGAGUCUUCGACCUCAGGAGUGGCGGAGUCCUUGCGGAAGACUUCUUCGUCGUCCUCCACCGUGUCGUCUCCCCGGGUACUCGCCCUCAGGACGGAGUCUGCUUGUGAACUCCUCGCCUCCUCCCCGCUAUCCUCUUCUCUACCCUCGGACGUCGGGCUGACACCCCCGUCAGCACCGCAGAUGCCCAGAAGAAGGUUCUCUGUCUGUUUCGGCAAGAGGACUGGAGGCAGUGCACGGAGGCCUAAUGAAUGUUUCGUCCUCGAACCAUCCGAGAUGAUUGUGAUCGACUACCCGGAGAUGCAAGCAGCUAGGGGGGUGGGCAACCCUCGCCUGCCCUCCACCAUGGACAGAGGUGGAGUCAACUUAGUUUUUGACGACUCUUUUGCCCGGCCGGAGCUGUACCAGAAGUCUAACCGCAGCAGUCACUCCUCCGACACCAGUUCUGCGUACAGUGGCUCGGACACCAUGACGUCGGUGCACAGCUCUGUAGACGCAGACGACGUGGACCUCAGCGGCCUCGUGGAGAGUGUGGUGGACUCUGACGAGGAGGACCUGGCGGAGAGUACAGACAGCCUGACUCUACAACGGGACUCUCUGCGGGAAUGUCUAGAGAAGGACCCGUCAGAGAGGUCUGAGGAUGACAUAGAGAUACUGCUGGAGCUGACGCAACAUCUCAAAGCCUUCACCAACAUGACACUGGCUGUGCGCCGCGCGCUCUGUAGUGUCAUGGUGUUUGCUGUGGUGGAAAAGGCCGGAACGGUGGUGAUGAACGACGGAGAAGAGCUGGACUCUUGGAGCGUUCUCAUCAAUGGUCAUGUGGAGGUGGAACACGCAAACGGACACAUAGAACACCUCCAGAUGGGCGACAGUUUCGGCAUAUUGCCCACCAUGGAGCGGCUGUACCACCGAGGAGUCAUGCGCACAAAGUGUGACGACUGUCAGUUUGUCUGCAUCACUCAACAAGACUACUAUAAGAUACAACACCAGGGUGAGGAGAACACCAGGAGACACGAGGAGAAUGGAGCUCUGGUCAUGGUGACGGAACAGAGGGGAGCAUUGGAGGGCGGCCGCCGUGGUCCCGUCGUCAUUAGGGCAACUCCAGAGAAGCUGAUGUUGCAAUUAGUGGAGGAGAAUUCUGUGAUAGACCCAACAUACGUAGAGGACUUCUUGCUGACUCACAGGACGUUCAUAGACAGUUCAGAACUAGUCACUGAUCAACUACUGCAGUGGUUCACGGAGCAGAGUUGCAGAGACAGGGUGACCAGAGUGGUGCUGUUGUGGGUCAACAACCACUUCACGGACUUUGAGACGGACCCGCAGAUGAUGGAGUUCCUAGAACUGUUUGAGGCUGGGCUGGAGCGUGAGGCCAUGACAGGGCAGUUGCGACUGCUCAACAUUGCAUGUGCCGCCAAGGCUCGUGCGAGAUGUGUCACGCUGGCGAGGCCCAGCCGCGACGAGGUGCUGCACUUCUCCAUACUCGGUGGCUACGAGCGGGGCUUCGGCAUCUUCAUUUCUAAGGUGGACAAGAGAUCAAAAGCCGAGGACGUUGGACUCAAGCGAGGUGACCAGAUACUGGAAGUGAACGGCCAAAGUUUUGAACAUGUGAGUCACGCGAAGGCUCUAGAGAUCCUGCGAGGCACAACACACCUUAGCAUCACUGUCAAGUCUAACUUGCUGGCCUUUAAGGAAAUGCUGCAGACGCCGGACACUUCCCCUCGUGCUAGAGUACGCAAGACUAAAGAGAUCGCCAGGAUACAGAACGACCCCCGAGCAAGACUUGACGUGCCGCCUCCCCCGCCACCUCCUCCGCCCAUCCCCUCCUCACCCUCCAAGCUGACGACGCCACAGUCUGUCCCCACCCCUACCAAGGUGGGCAGCUUCAUGACCCUCGGGCCCAAGAAACGGAUGCAGAAGGCACUCAUGAAAAUGAACAUCCUUCCCAAGAACACCAUUAAGGAUGGUACGGUUAGUGACGACGUGACCAUCACACACCACCACAACACUACGUUGUACCACAGCAACCCAGACCUGAUGAGUAUCUGUUAUGACGACCUACGAGUGUCAGACUACCCCGAACAUGUGCUCAAGGUGUACAAGUCAGACCAGACCUGCAAGUACCUCCUCGUACACAAGGAGACGACGGCCCACGAGGUGGUGAUGUUGGCAUUGCAGGAAUUUGGCAUGACAGAGCCGAGCUCUCACUUCUCCCUGUGUGAGGUGAGCGUGGCCGAGGGUGGAAUCAUCAAGACCAAGAGACUGCCUGACCAGCUGCAGAACCUGGCCGAGAGGAUAGGUCUCAGUAGCAGGUACUACCUGAAGACCAAUGGCAGCACAGAGACGCUGGUAGGUGAUGACUUGGCCUCGGAGCUGGUGAGGGAGAACCAAGUACACUUCCUGCAACUGAACGCAGUAGAGGUGGCUGUACAGCUGACUCUGCAGGACUUCAGCAUCUUCCGUCAGAUAGAGAGCACCGAGUACAUAGACGAUCUGUUCGACCUCAAGAGUCGAUACGGAACUCCGAUGCUUUCACAGUUUGCCGAGUUGGUGAACAAGGAAAUGUUUUGGGUCGUCACAGAAGUUUGUUCCGAGCACAAUCUAGUCAGAAGAUCAAAAAUCAUCAAACAGUUUAUCAAAGUUGCAAGGCAGUGCAAGGAGUGUAAGAACUUCAACUCCAUGUUCGCCAUAGUGUCAGGCCUGGGUCACGGUGCUGUCAGCAGACUGAGGUUGUCCUGGGAGAAGCUGCCCUCCAAGUACCAGAGACUGUUCAGUGAUCUGCAGGACCUCAUGGACCCCUCGCGCAACAUGAGCAAGUACCGGCAGCUGGUCAGCAACGAGCAGUCCCAGCCACCCAUCAUACCCUUCUACCCCGUGGUCAAAAAAGACCUGACGUUCAUUCACCUGGGUAAUGACUCACGAGUGGAAGGGCUCGUUAACUUUGAGAAGUUACGGAUGAUUGCCAAGGAGGUUCGGACGCUGACCAACAUGUGUUCCUCCCCUUACGACCUGCUGACCAUGCUUGAACUGGGCGGACAACCACCGUCGUCUGCUAUGGUGGCUCUGAACCAACUCACUACUGGUGGCAACCCUGCACACCAGACUGGUGGAGCCACUGUCAAGAGAAGAAAGAAGUCCACAGCAGCGCCCAACCCAAAGAAAAUGUUUGAAGAGGCUCAGAUGGUGAGACGUGUCAAGGCCUACCUGAACAAGAUGAGAGUGAUGACAGAUGAGGACAAGCUCCAUGAGCUGUCUGUAGCGUGUGAGGGUGGCCGCACUGGAGGCGACCACUCGGCACCUAACUCUGCACCACUGCGCAAACGCAACCCCUCCCCCACCCUGUCUACCACCAGCAGUGCGAGCAGUGCUAGUGAGGGGCGGAAACCCACCGCGCCCAAGUUUGGGUCGGCAUCGCCACAGUCGGUGAGGAAGCUGUUGUCGCUGAGUGAGACCAGCAAGACGAGGCCUCACCAGCCACGCCAUCCUCCCCACCCUCUGGCGUCCCCCGCACCCAGUCCUGGGUCACCCCGUCGUGUGGGGGGCCGGGGACACUCUCAUGAGCGGAGUCACUCCGAUACUCCCCCCACACACCCUGCGCCACCUCCCCUACUGUCCAGUGUCGACCUCAAUGCUGAGAGCAGCAGUGUUACCAGUCUCAGUAACCUGCCCCUGCGGAAAACCCUCACAUCAGGUUCCGUAACCUCCAGUGACUCAGGCCACUCUACACAGCUAGACUCCCACUCCAACAGUUCUGUAGAGGUGGGGGGAGGGGGGCUGGGGGGUUCAUCCCCUCCCCACCGCCGCCACUCCGUCAUGCAGCCACCAGGCUAUGUGGCAGUGCGACCACCCUUUCCGCAUGCUGUUGCAGUGUUGCCACCCCUCCCACAAAUCACCAAUGCAGUGUGCAUCAUGCCCCCGCCUAGUGGUCGUAUCAGGCAGCCGCCCCCCGCCUACAGUGUGGCAGCACAGCUAGCCGCUAGACAGCACCGACUGGGACGAGCACACUCGCACGAGGGUGUCACGUCUCACCACCCACACAACCACGCCCACUACCACCACGAUGAGGACGAUGAUGAGGACGUUCAGGUGUCGGCUGUUUGAAAUGUCACAAAAUCAUCAACGAAUUUACUUGUCAGUUGUCUACAUUAGUCGUCGUUGCAUGUUUGUUGUUUCCCGCGCCCCAAGUUCUCGACAUUCCACCAUUUAAGGCAGCCCUUUUGGCAGUGUUUUCCUACUUGCUGUAUUUUUCAAUAGUAUAUUUUUAUCUGAGAUGUAUCGAAAUGAAGCCGGAUUUACCCAUAGAGCUUCCAAUCCCCUUAGUAAUAUGUGAAACUAGGAUUUUCAAAACUGUUCUUUCAGCCUUAUGGAAAAAUAGUUCAAAUGCGCAAACUCUUACUGUGUAGUUUGGUUUUGAGAUUUAUUGGUACUAAAGAACUUAGGAGGGCUAGCUGAUUCUUUUCGUGAGUGUGUCCUGAAAAACGCCAUUUCUGAAAUAAGAGUAAUCUCAUUGGUAAUUGUUUGAAUAUUGCCAAUGCCAUGCCUCCAUUUUCAAACUGGCCUUUCAAAGUAUUCUAAGAGAGUCAAAUCUGCGUGUAAGGCAAUUCAACACCUUCCAAGACAUGUGUCCAACCAAAAUCAUAUUAACACGAUCGCUACCGCAAUUGUACUAAAUAUUUAAUUCAUAUGGACCAGCGACGCACAUAUGCGACUUCCGGUUUCUACCCAUAGUCUGCCGUGGCAUAUGUGCGACACCUGGUCACAUUAAAAUAGACUGACGUAUAUUUUCAUCAGUGUCCAAUUUUAUUAAAAAUUUUACAUCUUUGUAACAGUCUAUUUGAAGGCCCUGAAUUCUCUGCAGCAGUCUACUGGGAUGUGUGUCGCAUAUGUGUGUCACUUGGUCUGUGAAUAUGAUGAUGAGUGACGUCAUGAUAGUUGGCAAAACUGAUUUUUACUUUGCUGCAUCACUGGCCUGCGGUCUGCGUGUACUGUUAACCAAGUGACACCCGGUUUAUGUGUAAUAUUAAAACGUAUACCUCAGGCCGUGGCAAUGACUUUAGCGUCGCAAAUGUGUGGGGAUCGGUAGGGAACAUGUUAAACACUCUAUGAAGGUCCUAGAUGUUACAAAUAUACUGGGCAAUAACAAAAUUACAUAAGGACAAAUUAUUGAAAAAAAAAAAUAUUCACCUCACUCACUAAAUAAGGCCUGCUAGCCCUUGUUUUUUCCUUAGACCUGUAAACAAAAAGCAUCUUGCUAUGUGUUAUGAUUAUUUAGAUAAACAAUAACAUAAUUUAUUCAACCAAAGAUCGACCAGAAGGCUUCGUACAAUCGGAUCAAGUAGUGAAGAUUUUGGCUAUUUUUUAUAGAAGAAACUUUAAAUAUUUAGUUUACAAUCAGUGAGUGAACAUAAUUAUCUAGUUUAAUGUUUCGUAUGUGAUGUGGCAAUGUUGUGGUUUCGUAACAAUUGUUUGGCGGUCGCUUCAAUUUGGAAAUCAUUCAGUGUUGAGUCCUAUAUGUUGAAAAUCAUUUUUGUUCAUAAAUUAUUUUUAUGUUGUUUUUAAAUCAUUUAUUUUUAACCCUCUCAGUGCCAGGAGUAAUAAAUUAUGUAAUAUAUAAUAUAUAUAUUAUUAUUAACUUAUAAGUUGCUUUAAGCUUUAAACUUUGCUUUAACUUAUAUUUGCCAUUUCAUUCAAAAGUAUUAAAUUAUUAAAGUAUAAAACAUGUUCAAAAAAUAAUACCUCAGUUCACUCGAGAAUAAGUUGAGAAUAGGUAAUUAUGUGAUGAAAAAUGUAGAAAAAUGUUCUCACUGAAAGGGUUAAAAUAAUUAAAUUAAGAAUUGUUUAACACACGCCCUAUCAGCCGUCACAACCCUGUAUAUCUUGGGAUGAGGGUAGUCAGUUGGUUAUGAAUGUGUUAAAUUUCACUUAAUAUUAUAUUUACUAUUUUUUAAACAAAAACCAUUAUUAUAGCUUAUUACUAACCAUUACUUGGGCGUUGAUUUCUCAAUGUAUGCAGUGAAAACACUUAGAUUUCUUCAAACGAGUAUUUCCUUUUUCAAAUCCUUAUUUUCCAUAUUGAUUCUUUGGUCUGAUGAUGAAUUGUACACAAAACUUGUGGUGUGAUAUUAAAAGACAUAUCACACAUCAUAUGAUAUUUCAUAUUUCCAAGUUGAGGCAUAGGUUUGAGCUUAUCGGUAUAUCAGAUAACAUAUCUUAGGUAGGAAUGUCUUGCUAAAGGCUCUUAGCGGCUGGCUUAUCAUAUAUCUGGUAGUAAAGUUUUAUUUUUACACGAUGUAAUUUUAAAGCGAAAAGAUCUAUAUUUACAGUAGUGAUGAGUAAAAAAUAUGAACAGUAGUAGACAAAUACAGAGUCGUUGGGAUUCAGUCACCAGGAUUUCAACUUUGAAUGCUGAAGAUGUGUUUAUCUUUUUUCACUUUAAAAUUUGAUUAUUUGUAAAUUUGGCUUAUUUGAAUGGUCCUUAAUUUAAAUUUAAAAUUUUUAAAUUUACUUUUUUUAAAUUUACUUUUUAAAUUUUAAUAUUUUAAAAUUUAGUUGUAUUGAUGGAUUGACAAUUUAAAUUUCAAAUAUUUUUCUUACCCUGAAGUUGCCUUUUUCAUUACUGUUACAUUAUGAAAGGAGAAUCUUUCAGUAGAAAUUUAGGUUUUGUGGUAGCAAAACCGUUUAUUUUAUCUGUUUUCACAGUUACAGUGCAUGUAUAUUACCUUAUCAAUCAAACGUACAUAAACAGUCAGAAAUCUAAACCAGUGUUUGAAAUUUUCACAUACAGGAAGCUGUUCGAUAUUAUGUUAUUAAAUAAGUAAUAAGAACUGGUAAGUGGUAAUGUUAGUUUUCACUCCUUAAAAUACGGAAUAAAGAUGCAAAAAACUAAAUAUCUCAAAGUUCUUUUAUUUUGGAGAAAAUUUUUUUCCAAACACCUUAUAUAUUUUUGUUUUAUCAAUUUUUCUUUAUCAAAAUAAAUGUUACUACUUUACAUACACUAUUUAGAUAGUCAUGAACUAAACACUUGAUUUGGAUUUCUGAUGUAAAUAUAAUUUGAAUCUUCUACUUUACAGUACUAUAUAGCUUUUCUGUACAUUCUUUAAGAUUUAUUGUGGGUUUCUUUUGUUUAUAUUUCAUUUGUACAGUUUAAAUAAGUUGUAAAAAAUUAUUAUUUACAUUAGAUGAUCUUUGUAUAUUCUACAUUUAUAGAUUUUUAUUUCAGUUGUAAAGUAUUUUGUAAUUGUUUAUAGUAUAUUUAUUUGUGAUUGUAUUUUUUACUGUAUGGAGAUUAUUUAGUCAUGUGUAAUUAUUAUUUAUACGCAUAGCGCUUCUUAUGCUCUCUAUUAUCAGUCUUGCCUCAGAAUAUAUUGAUUAUUGUGGGUAAAACUGCCAGAUGCUGCUCCUUUGGCAUAUUUAAACAUUAUUUGAAGAAUACUCUGGAUCUGCAAAUGAUAACACAUGUUACAGGUUUUAUUAUCAGUCAGGUACUUUGAACCUAUGUUGCUAAUUUUUAUUUAUAUAUGGACAUAUUUCGUAAUGUUUAAUCUUGAAUUAGUUCAAUAAUCUCAGGCACUCCAGGGUUGUAUAAAAAAAUAAAUAAACUUUCUCUAACCUAAUUAUUAAAACACUACUACCAACCAGUGGAAAAAGGAUAACCCCUCAAACAUUUGUCCCAAACAAAAUAUUUAAAUAAGAAGACACAAAAGUCUAAACCUAUUGAGUCUGAUGAUGAUUGGAGUGUCCAAUCAAUAUCAAUCACCACUUUCAAUUUUUAUAAAUUAUUUACAGUCUUGGGAGUCAACUGUUUAUAGAGUAAUUAUAUUUUUAAGUGUUAUUAGACAAUUUUAUUUCCUUUCUGUAAAAAUCAUAAUACACCAUCAUGUUCAGCUUAUCCAUCUGCAAUUUAUGCUUUUGUGCUAUAUAUUUUGUAAUUUGUCACGGUCCAGGGUCUGGCAGUUUUACCUUAAAUCGUAUUUAAAAUUAUUUUUCUGUUAUUAUAAUAUUGAUUAUUGUGAACCUGUGUGGCACAGUAAAAAACCAUUUGUCGAAUCUAUCAACGAGAAAAUAUCUUUAUUUAUAAAGUUAUUAUUCAAUCUUAUCUACUUGUGAUAGCUAAUUGUAUUAAAUCUAAUCAUUAGUCCAAAUACCUAAGAACUAUUGUCGUUAAUAUUUGGAAUGAAUCACAUUAUAUUGUUUUUACUUAAAUAUUAA